CUGCGCUUGGCUCUGCCCCGCUCUUCUCCCGUUUCAGUGUGGCAUUGUCCUGGGAGCUCUGCUGCUGAUUUUCUGUUCUUGGAUGACUCAUCAAUCCUGCAUGUUCCUGGUGAAAUCGGCCAAUCUCAGCAAGCGCAGGACCUACCCUGGCCUCGCGUUUCAUGCCUACGGAAAAGCAGGAAAAAUGUUGGUGGAAACAAGCAUGAUCGGGCUGAUGCUGGGAACCUGCAUCGCUUUCUACGUUGUCAUCGGUGACUUGGGGUCCAACUUCUUCGCCCGGCUGCUUGGGUUUCAGGUGUCAGGCAGUUUCCGGAUCAUCCUGCUCUUUGCUGUCUCCCUCUGCAUCGUCCUUCCCCUGAGCCUCCAGAGGAACAUGAUGGCCUCCAUCCAGUCCUUCAGUGCCAUGGCUCUCAUCUUUUACACGGUGUUCAUGUUCGUGGUUGUGCUGUCGUCCUUCAAGCAUGGCCUCUUCAGCGGGCAGUGGCUGCAGCGAGUGAGUUACACUCGUUGGGAGGGCAUUUUUCGCUGCAUCCCCAUCUUUGGCAUGUCUUUUUUGCUGUUCAGUUUUAAGUCCCCGCCGUUCCCGCUUCCGGCGGCCGUGGCGCGUG